GUCUCUGCCAUGAGUCCUCAUCCGUUCGCAGCGCAAAAGCAGCAACGCUGGAAAUGACUGCUUGGACUCCUGGUUGCCUUAACGCACAGUCAAGACAGGAGCCGCUCGGUUUUGGGGUAAAAGCGCCGUGAAAUCGGGGGAAGAAAACAUGCCGGAGAAGCUAACAGAAAAGCAGACUCCCACCUCAUCGAGGGCGUCGUCGUUUUUCAUCGAGAACCUCCUGGGCAAAGGACGGAAUGAGCAGCAGUCUAUGUCGGACGGCGGUCGCGGGGAAGCCAGUGCGGAGACGGUCUCCACCGGCCGGGUCCCGAACGCACUUCACGCCGACAGGAGCGCUCCAGCGCCCGAUGGCUCCGGCUCCACGGCUGGGUCCCCGUACAGAAACACACCGCUGCAGUGGUACCGCGGGGGGACUGCCUUCAACUUCAGGGGUUUGGAAACACCGCAGAGUCCAAGGGAGAACACAGACGACCACUGCUGCUCCAUAUCAACCAGUGACAGAUGCUCCCCCGCCGUCUCUGAGCCGAUAACCGAGGGCAGCGACGAAACCGACCGGAAAACCGGUGACAGCAACCUGACAGACGACAGCGAGGACGCGCACAACGCUUUUGACGCACACUCAGAGCAAGACGCAACCUCGGACCCGAGCCACAACCGGAAGAAGAAGACCCGGACCGUGUUCAGCCGCAGUCAGGUGUUUCAGCUGGAGUCCACAUUCGACAUGAAACGGUACCUCAGCAGCUCGGAGAGAGCGGGCCUGGCAGCGUCUCUACACCUGACAGAGACCCAGGUCAAAAUCUGGUUCCAGAACCGGAGGAAUAAAUGGAAGAGACAGCUGGCGGCGGACCUUGAGGCUGCACAUAUCUCACACUCGACCCAGCGGAUUGUCCGGGUCCCCAUUCUGUAUCACGAGGGCCCGGGACCCGCACCCACCGCCGCACUGGGUUUCAACCUGAACGGACAUCCAGUGUCUCCAGCCGUCGGGGGCUUCUCCAGCUCCAUCAACUACCCCCUGUCCUCGUUUGCUCACUCCAUGAGCAUGCUAAGGUCGCAGAUGACCGGCUUGGUGUAAUGACUGAUGGAGACUGAUACAUCAGACUGUUUGUUAAUAACGUAAAUUCACCCUGUUCAUACUGAAUCGUGCAAUAACCCACAAUGCCGCAGGGGAGUGCUGACUGCAUCCAAAGAUAAGAGCCGCAGAGACCGUGAUUAUAUCCUUUUUAUAAAUCUGUUCAGGAGCUUCUACAGGAGAACAACAGACACGCAUGGCAAGGCCGGAAGCUGUUCGUGUACUGUACUGUAUGUUUAAAUACA